AACCGGUUGGCCCCUUCGGCUCCAGCUGGCUCAACAGACAGCCAGUGGCAUGCGGCAGGGACCAAUGGGUGGCGGGGGGAGGCGGGGCCUGCCACGAGGCCGCAGUAUAACCGCGUGGCCCGCGCGCGCGCUUCCCUCCCGGCGCGGUCACCGGCGCGGACACCGGCGCGGUCUAUGGCUGCGACUUCUCUAAUGUCUGCUUUGGCUGCCCGGCUGCUGCAGCCCGCGCACAGCUGCUCCCUUCGCCUUCGCCCUUUCCACCUCGCGGCAGUUCGAAAUGAAGCUGUUGUCAUUUCUGGAAGGAAACUGGCCCAGCAGAUCAAGCAGGAAGUGCGGCAGGAGGUAGAAGAGUGGGUGGCCUCAGGCAACAAACGGCCACACCUGAGCGUGAUCCUGGUUGGCGAGAAUCCUGCAAGUCACUCCUACGUCCUCAACAAAACCAGGGCAGCUGCAGAUGUGGGAAUCAACAGUGAGACAAUUAUGAAACCAGCUUCAAUUUCAGAGGAAGAAUUGUUGAAUUUAAUCAAUAAACUGAAUAAUGAUGAUAAUGUAGAUGGCCUCCUUGUUCAGUUGCCUCUUCCAGAGCAUAUUGAUGAGAGAAGGAUCUGCAAUGCUGUUUCUCCAGACAAGGAUGUUGAUGGCUUUCAUGUAAUUAAUGUAGGACGAAUGUGUUUGGAUCAGUAUUCCAUGUUACCGGCUACCCCAUGGGGUGUGUGGGAAAUAAUCAAGCGAACUGGCAUUCCAACCCUAGGGAAGAAUGUGGUUGUGGCUGGAAGGUCAAAAAAUGUUGGAAUGCCCAUUGCAAUGUUACUGCACACAGAUGGGGCGCAUGAACGUCCCGGAGGUGAUGCCACUGUUACAAUAUCUCAUCGAUAUACUCCCAAAGAGCAGUUGAAGAAACAUACAAUUCUUGCAGAUAUUGUAAUAUCUGCUGCAGGUAUUCCAAAUCUGAUCACAGCAGAUAUGAUCAAGGAAGGAGCAGCAGUCAUUGAUGUGGGAAUAAAUAGAGUUCACGAUCCUGUAACUGCCAAACCCAAGUUGGUUGGAGAUGUGGAUUUUGAAGGAGUCAGACAAAAAGCUGGGUAUAUCACUCCAGUUCCUGGAGGUGUUGGCCCCAUGACAGUGGCAAUGCUAAUGAAGAAUACCAUUAUUGCUGCAAAAAAGGUGCUGAGGCUUGAAGAGCGAGAAGUGCUGAAGUCUAAAGAGCUUGGGGUAGCCACUAAUUAACUACUGUGUCUUCUGUGUCACAAACAGCACUCCAGGCCAGCUCAAGAAGCAAAGCAGACCAAUAGAAAUGCAAUAUUUUUAAUUUAUUCUACUGAAAUGGUUUAAAAUGAUGCCUUGUAUUUAUUGAAAGCUUAAAUGGGUGGGUGUUUCUGCACAUACCUCUGCAGUACCUCACCAGGGAGCAUUCCAGUAUCGUGCAGGGUCCUGUGAUCUAGCCAGGAGCAGCCAUUAACCUAGUGAUUAAUAUGGGAGACAUUACCAUAUGGAGGAUGGAUGCUUCACUUUGUCAAGCACCUCAGUUACACAUUCGCCUUUUCUAGGAUUGCAUUUCCCAAGUGCUAUUGCAAUAACAGUUGAUACUCAUUUUAGGUACCAAACCUUUUGAGUUCAACUGAUCAAACCAAAGGAAAAGUGUUGCUAGAGAAAAUUAGGGAAAAGAUGAAAAAGAAAAAAUGGUAGUAAUUGAGCAGAAAAAAAAUUAAUUUAUGUAUGUAUUGAUUGGUAACCAGAUUUAUCUAAGUAGAACUGAAUUGGCUAGGAAAAAAGAAAAACUGCAUGUUAAUCAUUUUCCUAAGCUGUCCUUUUGAGGCUUAGUUUAUUGGGAAAAUGUUUAGGAUUAUUCCUUGCUAUUAGUACUCAUUUUAUGUAUGUUACCCUUCAGUAAGUUCUCCCCAUUUUAGUUUUCUAGGAUUGAAAGGAUUCUUUUCUACAUUAUACAUGUGUGUUGUCAUAUUUGGCUUUUGCUAUAUACUUUAACUUCAUUGUUAAAUUUUUGUAUUGUAUAGUUUCUUUGGUGUAUCUUAAAACCUAUUUUUGAAAAACAAACUUGGCUUGAUAAUCAUUUGGGCAGCUUGGGUAAGUAUGCAACUUACUUUUCCACCAAAGAACUGUCAGCAGCUGCCUGCUUUUCUGUGAUGUAUGUAUCCUGUUGACUUUUCCAGAAAUUUUUUAAGAGUUUGAGUUAAUAUUGAAUUUAAUCAGACUUUCUGAUUAAAGGGUUUUCUUUCUUUUUUAAUAAAACACAUCUCUCUGGUGUGGUAUGAAUUUCUGAAA